AUGCCGGUCCCAAUAUCCCUCUUCUCCGUCAAUGCGAUCCUUAUAAUGUCCACGGAUGACUCCUCGAGGAUUUUUGCGAAGUACUACUCCCCUCCACACCCUCCUGCCGGCACCGCGGCCAACUCGUUAGACUACCCUGGCGCAAACCCGUAUCCCACGGUAAAGGACCAGAAAGCGUUUGAGAGUGGCCUGCUAGAGAAGACUGUCAAGCAAACGAGUGAUAUUAUCCUGUAUGACAAUCGGGUCGUGGUGUUCAAGACGGAAGGCGACGUGAUGCUCUACGUCGUUGGCGGGGCGGAGGAGAACGAAGUUCUGCUGUACAAUGUUGUUCUUGCGCUGAGGGACUCAUUGAAUAUUUUGCUACGGUCCGGCGUCGACAAGCGCAGCAUUAUCGAAAACUAUGACCUUGUUUCGCUAGCGGUGGAUGAGAUUGUCGACGACGGCAUCUUCCUAGAGACCGAUGCUGUACAUAUUGCCUCGCGUGUCAGCCGUGCUCCAGCGCAAGAUGCCCCAAAUAUGAAGGGGAUCGAUUUGUCGGAACAAGGCCUGCUGAAUGCUUGGGAGUUCGGCAAGAGGCGACUUGCGGAGCAGUUGAGGCAUGGUUUGUGA